CAUGGGUGUGUGUUAGAAAUGAGAACAGAUAGCUUGGAAAUUUACUCCCCAGAUAGAUAGAUAGUGGCUUAUAAGCAACUCGGAGAUCUGCAGAGCGGCCAGUUGAGCACUGCCGUUCCAAUGGACUUCACACUGCUGCUGCUGACCUCGCUGCUCAGCUUCCUGCUGGGCUAUCUGCGCUACCGCUUCAGCUACUGGGAGCUGCGGGGGAUUCCCCAGCUGCGGCCGCACUUCCUCCUCGGCCACUUCUCCAGGCUGCAGUCGGUGCACCUCAGCGAGCUGCUGCAGGAGACCUACGAUGCCUUCGGGGGCAGUGCCAAGGUGGCGGGAACGUACGUCUUCCUGCGCCCGCUGGCCGUCGUUCUGGAUCUGGACCUGGUCAAGGCGGUGCUCAUUCGGGAUUUCAACAAGUUCGUGGACCGGCGCAGCUUUCACGGCGAUUCGCUCACCGCCAACUUGUUCAACCUGCAGGGCGAGGAGUGGCGUGUCCUGCGCACCAAGUUGUCGCCCACCUUCACUAGUGGCAAGAUGAAGUACAUGUUCGUAACCGUGUCCACGGUGGCCCAGCAGCUGGGCGCUACUUUCGGACUGGUGGGGUUACAGGGCGCUGUGCUGGAGCUCCACGAUCUGAUGGCCCGCUACACCACCGACGUCAUCGGAAGCUGCGCCUUUGGAACCGAGUGCAACAGCCUGAGGGAGCCGCAGGCGGAGUUCCGGCAGGUGGGACGACGGCUCUUCCAGAACAACGGCAGGAGCAUCCGGUGGCGCAUCUUCAAGAUGACCUACCUCAGCACGCUGGUCAAGCUCGGCCUCCCAGUGCGCAUCGUUCACCCGGAGAUCACCAAGUUCUUCAACCGCAUAGUUCGCGAAACGGUGGAGCUGCGGGAGCGUGAGGAUAUCCGUCGCAAUGACUUCAUGGACCUGCUGCUGGAUCUCAGGCGGCAGGAGCAGGGAAAGGGACUCUCUGUGGAGCAGAUGGCCGCCCAGGCGUUUGUGUUCUUUGUGGCCGGAUUCGAAACCAGCUCCAGUAACAUGAGCUACGCCCUUUUCGAGUUGGCCAAAAACCAGGCUGUGCAGCAGAAACUGCGGCUGGAGAUUAGCGAUGCGAUGGCCAAGCACGGGGAACUGACCUACGAGGCCAUGAUGGAGAUGCCCUACUUGGACCAGACCAUCACAGAAACUCUGCGCAAGUACCCGGCCCUCAGCUCGCUCACCCGUCUCGCAUCCGAGGACUACGAGAUCGCCUCGUGCGAUGGCGGCGACCCCGUCGUCCUGGAGAAGGGCACCAGCGUACACAUUCCGGUGCUGGCCAUCCACUACGACCCCGAGUUGUACCCGGAGCCCAACGAGUUCCGGCCGGAGCGCUUUGCUCCAGAUGCCUGCCGGGCGCGGCAUCCCACCGCCUUCCUGGGCUUCGGCGACGGACCGCGCAACUGCAUCGGCCUGCGUUUCGGGCGGAUGCAGGUGAAGGUGGGCCUGAUCUCGCUGCUGCGCCGCUUCCGCUUCAGCCUGCCGCCCGGAUCGCCAACGCAGCUGAGGGUGACCAAGAGGCAUGUGAUACUACUGCCCAGCGAGGGCGUCCGAUUGCAAGUCGAUCCAGUUGAGUCGCGCCUAAUGUAAACACGAUUCGUGAUUCGGGAAUAAACAACGCAGCUUGUCGUUCUGUCAGCAGAAUAUUCCAUUAAAC